AGGUGAAUGGGACUUGGACUCUACCAGGAUUUGUGUGUGAUUUUUACAUCGCCAUGGAUGUCACGUGUUCCACUUGUUCCAUCUUCAAUUUAGUAGCAAUAUCCAUAGAUAGGUACAUAGCUGUUACUCAACCAAUCAAAUACGCCAAGCACAAAAACACGAGGAGAGUGUGGCUGACAAUAGCUCUGGUCUGGGUGAUAUCGGCGGCGAUAGGGUCGCCGAUCGUGCUAGGACUGAACAACACCCCUGACAGGGUGGCCGAUGCCUGUCUCUUCUACAACAGCGAUUUCCUCAUCUACUCGAGUCUAUCGUCGUUUUAUAUCCCCUGUAUCAUAAUGGUGUUCCUGUAUUAUAGUAUUUUCAAGGCUCUGAGAGCCAGAGCGAUGCAAUUGCGGCUCAACAAGAAACCUCAACCCAGCGAGAUCAAGCCAGGGUCUGUGAUAGAGAACAUCUCGAAUGUGCACCGCCUGACGGCCGAGACCCACCUCGGUCCGAGUCCGGGCCUGGACGAGCAGGCGACCAACACGGGCUCGGGCAGCGGCGACGAGGAAGAGGACGUCGCUGUCGACGUCACGGAGUGCCACGUCAUAUCCAACGACAAGACUGCCGAUUUCAUUUUGGCCACCGUCGUCGAAGAAGCUGCAAUUUCGACAGUUGUAGCAACCUUGCCGCCGCCACUGGCCGAUCCUAAUGGCAAUAAUGAUUCAGGAUACGUCCAUAGUCAUCAAGACAUAUCGGUGUUAGGGAGCCCCAGGAGAAGAAAGAGUUCGUCCAAGAAAAAUGGAACAACACUAGAAACAGAACUUAGAACGGUGGCGACAAUAACUUCUUCAGAGGCUAAAGCGAGUUCGACGGGUUCGAAGAAAGAGAGGAGAGCUACUGCGGCCGCCAGAUUCACCAUCUAUAAGGUCAACAAGGCCAGCAGGAAGAAACGCGAGAAAUCGUCUGCAAAAAAAGAGAGAAAAGCUACGAAAACUCUCGCCAUUGUUCUCGGUGUAUUCCUGAUUUGCUGGUUACCAUUCUUCACCUGUAACAUUCUGGACGCGAUGUGCAGUAAACUGAAUCUUCCCUGUCAGCCGGGCGUAGCCGCAUUUCUGUUGACUACGUGGUUGGGAUACAUGAAUAGUUUCGUGAACCCUGUCAUCUAUACGAUAUUCAAUCCCGAGUUCAGGAAAGCAUUCAAAAAACUUAUGUUCCUAGGCACCUAAUGGAAUUUACGAACUGUUCACAUGUUUGAGAGUAAGGGUAGGUCAUAUUGAGGAAUCUGACGGAUAUACCUAAUUGUUUCUGGAAUAGUUUUCCGAAUAUGCCGAAAUUUUAACGCGUUCUUUUCUAGAGGAUGAACCGGUUUCAGAUAAAUAGGUACGGUGAUCCUUCUAUUCAUCAGUUUCAGUUUCUGAGAGAGACUUAUCCUCUGUUUUAAACUUACUGAUGAGCAUGUUAGCAUUGCUUUUAUCUAUAUUCUG